CCACGACACCCUUCGUAACUGCUCUUCAUGUUCAGUUCGCAGAGAAGUUCCAGGAGGUGAAAGAAGCCGCCAGACUCGCCAGAGACAAGUCGCAGGAGAAAAUCGAGACGUCGAGUAACCAUUCCCAAGCAUCCAGUGUCAACGGGACAGACGAUGAAAAGGCGUCUCACGCGAGCCCCGUGGACACCCACCUCAAGUCUGAGAACAACAAGCUGAAGAUCGCGCUGACGCAGAGCGCGGCCAACGUGAAGAAAUGGGAGAUCGAGCUGCAGACCCUGCGGGAGAGCAACGCCCGGCUGACCACGGCGCUGCAGGAGUCCGCCACCAGCGUGGAGCAGUGGAAGAGGCAGUUCUCCAUCUGCCGCGACGAGAAUGACCGGCUGAGGCACAAGAUUGACGAGCUGGAAGAACAGUGCAGUGAGAUCCACAGGGAGAAGGAGAAGAACACCCAGCUGAAGCGGAGGAUCGAGGACCUGGAGUCGGAACUCCGAGAGAAGGAGACGGAGUUGAAAGAUCUCCGAAAACAGAGUGAAAUCAUACCUCAGCUCAUGUCAGAGUGUGAAUACGUCUCUGAGAAGUUAGAGGCCGCGGAGAAAGACAAUCAAAACUUGGAGGACAAAGUGCGUUCGCUGAAGAUGGACAUUGAGGAGAGCAAAUACCGACAGCGCCACCUAAAGGUGGAGUUGAAGAACUUCUUGGAGGUGCUGGACGGGAAGAUCGACGACCUGCACGACUUCCGCCGCGGCCUCUCCAAGCUGGGCACCGACAACUAGGGCGCGGCCGGCCCCGCGGGAGCCACAGGUGUGUGGAGGCGGCUGGGCCAGGACGUCCUGCUGCGGGUGUUGCUUCUGUCCCUGCAGGCGCGGCUGCGCGCGCGGUGCCAGACCGCCGUGCCGCCUCGCCUCCGGGAUCGCAGUCUCCUCUCGCUUCUCUGGCCUUUCGAGGUUGCGGGCCGCUGGAAGAUUCUGACUCAGGAACCCAGACUAGGUCUACCUUACGUUUACGCAGUCAGGGCAGGGAUGUUUAUAUCUUUCUUAAGGGUUGUUGCAGCCACAUGAGCUGAAAUGAGUUUUCUAAUCCAAACGUGAGUAUCCAUCACACCUCCUGUUUUUUGAGUGGCAUUUGGAGUAUCUGAAUGUCCCCCAGGCGCCCAGUGUGGCCGUGGAGGUAAGAGCUCCCUCCCUGUAGCGAUCCAGAUGCGGUAGAGCAGCUGCUUGUCCGGAGAAAGGAGACAGGCUUCGGGAGGUGCCUUCCUGGCCCGGGGACCCCUGACCCCCGACCCCUCAUCCCGCCCCAGUUGUGAGGCUGCGACCACGCUCCUUUCCUUGGUUUUAGUUUCUGAGCAGAUCGCUGUGCCCUGGGGACAGCACGCAGUGAGGGCGCCUCGCACAGUGCCUGGCACACAGUAGGUGCUUAAUAAAUACUUGUUCAAUUAAACACA